AUGUCCUCCCCGAAGCCGGCGAAGGUGGGCGCGGGCCUGGAGCUCAAGCAGCGCAUCGAGGACGAGUACAAGAACUGGAUGGUCGCGGCGCCGCAGAUCUACGACGUGUGCAUGGCGAAGCGGCUCAAGUGGCCGUCGCUGACCUGCGAGUGGCUCCCGGGCUUCCUCGAGUCGCCCGUCGAGGGCUGGAACCGGCACCAGCUCCUGCUGGGCACGCACACGGACGGCGACGAGGGCAACGAGCUCUUGAUCGCGUGCGUGGACCUCCCGGACGUCGACACGGAGAUCGACACGUCCAAGGACUUUGGGCGCGACACCUGCGAGGUCGUGCUGCGCCUCGCCCACCCCGGGGGCGAGGUCAACCGCGCGCGCCACUGCCCCCAGCGGCCGACGCUCAUCGCGACGCGGCCCGCGGCGGCCGCGUGCUGCGUCUUCGACACGGAGAAGGCGGCCGCCGAGGCCGGCGCGGCGAAGCGGGGCCCGGCGAUCAUGCUCCGGGGCCACGGCGAGGAGGGCUAUGGAUUGGCCUGGAACCCCCACGCGCCCGGCGAGCUCUACACGGUGGCCAACGACGGCACGCUCUGCGGCUGGGACGUCGCGGCGGCCGCCGGCGACGCGACGACGCCGUCGUGGUUCGCGCAGGCGUCCGAGGUCGCGCUCUCCGACGUCGCCUUCACGCCCCGCGACCCCUGGACGCUGGGCGCCGUCGGCGACGACCGCGCCGUCAAGCUCUGGGACACGCGGAAGCCCGACGGCGCCGCGCUCGCGCGCGCGGGCGCGCACGCCGCGGACGUCAACGCGAUCGCGUUCCCGACCUUCGCCGGCGACGACGCGGCGCCCGCGUCCCUCUUCCGCUUCCUCACGGGCUCCGCGGACCGCACGGUCAAGCUCUGGGACAUGCGCCAACUCGCGGAGCCGCUCCACGUCUUCGAGAACUUCGACGGCGACGUGCUCCAGGUCCAGUGGUCGCCCCACGAGACGGACGUCUUCGCCGCCGCCGGCGCCGACCGCCGCGUGACCUUCUUCGACGUCUCGCGCGUCGGCCGCGCGCCGCCGCCGCCGGGCGACGGCGCCGGCGACGACGACGACGACGACGCGCCGCCGGAGCUCGUCUUCGCGCACGGCGGCCACAAGGCCGCCGUCUCCGAGUUCUCCCUCUCCGAGGAGGACCGCUGGCUCUGCGCCUCCGUCAGCGAGGACAACUUCCUCCAGGUCUGGUGCGUCGGCGAGCACAUCUUCGAGGACGAGGACGAGGGCGCGCCCCAGCCCCCGAAGCCGCCGACGCCCCAGCCGUCCCCGGCCAAGCGAAACGCGCCGGCCUCGCCGGGCAAGAGCCUCGUCGAGUCCGUCUGCUCCGCCAUGCCCGUGCCCUCGCCCGCGAAGAAGGUCAAGGUCAUCGGCGGCGACGACGCGAAGGAGGACGCGUAA